CCCCGCGCCUCCGCCGACUGGCUGCUCGGCCCGAGCGACGCUUUUCACGAACAACACCAACCGCAGACUGCGCACCAGCGACGGACCCGAGCCCACGGAUCCCCUGGCAUGACAGCUGCGGUCGAUGGCCCGGCUCGAGUUGGACAACGGUGUUUCGGCCUCGAACGGAGACGCUUAGACGCGCGUGAAUAAGACUGGACGGCCAUGACCGCGGUAUCACUUGUUAGAUAGAAACAAACACACACACACACACACACACACACAGAGAGAGGGGGAGAGGAGGGGGCGCCAGAGUGGACUCCCUCUCUCGGUCGAGUCGUUCCGCCCGAUGGAGGCAGACGGGACCCUGGCGGCGAAGCUCGAGGGCCCGGAAUGUCACCUGUGAGACGUCGCCACCUCGCCGGAGGACGUGAGUGAAGGAGAAGAGCCCCGGCGCGCACUCUCUCUCUCUCUGUCUCUCUCUGUCUCUGUCUCUCUCCGACAACUUCUCUCUCGACUUUCUCCGCGAGCUCGCCUCGAGCCGUGGAAAGAGGGAAAAGUUAGCAGGUCGGCAGCGGACCGCUCGCUCGAGCAUGACCGUCAUCGACGUCACCUAACGAGCGGUGGUUGUCCGCCGCCUCAGGUGCCCCGGGACAGGUGACCGGCGCUCCCGCGAACGGACUAUUUUAUUUGAACAACUUCAACAUUUAUCCAUCCGCACGUUGGCACCAGCACAUCUGGCCCCCGGGGGCAAGACACAAAACAAAAGACUACCCGGAAUUUUCUCCUUUCUCACCCGCCGCCCUCGUCGCCAGCAGCCAUGUCGCUCAAAGACAACCCCUGUCGGAAGUUCCAAGCCAACAUCUUCAACAAGAGCAAGUGCCAGAACUGCUUCAGGCCCCGAGAAUCCCACUCGCUGAACGACGAGGACUUGAAUCAGGGCAAGCAUGGUGCUCUGGAAUACAGCCAGCUGGAGAACGUAGCCUGCAGUCAACUCAAGGCAGCUAGUGACUAAUACACACCUUCAACAUGCAAAACCUAUGUAUGGAGGAUGGUUGCUGCUGGCACCCGAGGGAACAAACUUUGACAAUCCCUUACACAGAUCUCGGAAAUGGCAAAGGAGGUUCUUCAUCCUCUACGAGCAUGGCUUACUUCGCUAUGCUCUGGACGAAAUGCCCAGCACUCUACCCCAGGGUACAAUCAAUAUGAACCAGUGCUCUGAUGUCAUUGACGGAGAGUCCAGGACGGGUCAGAAGAACUCGCUGUGCAUCCUGACCUCGGAGAAAGAGCACUUCAUACGAGCUGAAUGUAAAGAAAUCAUCAACGGGUGGCAGGAGGCUCUGACUGUUUACCCCAGGACCAACAAGCAGAACCAGAAGAAAAAACGAAAGGUUGAUGCCCCCACUCACCAGGGUGGAGUAACUCCAAGCCAGUGUUUUUCCACUGAAGACAUGAAUGGACACCCAGAGCCUGGCCCCGCCAAGGUGACGGUGACCAGCAGCAGCAGCAGCAGCGGCGGCAGCAUCCCGUGCCUGCCCAGCAGUAUUGCCAGUGCUGAGCGUGUCCCGAUGAGCCGUGCCUCUCUGUGGCAGGAGGAGAGCCGCUGGAGUAGGGCCACCAUCCCCUGCAGCCGCAGUGCCUCCUGUCUCAGCCAGCUGAGCCAGAGCCAACCAGACUCCAGUAUCACUACUCAAGACGAUGGUGGCACCAUGAGCACUGGACGCAAAGUACGUGUGGAGAGCGGUUACUUUUCCCUGGAAAAGACCAAGUCGGAGCCUUCUCCACAGUCUGCACAGCACUCGCAGCCCCCACAGCCACCACAGCAUCUGCCCCUGUCCUUUUCAGCCUCAUCCUCCUUAGGAGCUCUAAGUCCAAGGUACUACUCUGAGUCCGAACCCCAAACUUCCCCUUGUCAACCUUCCCAAGAUCCUCUCCCUUCUCCAGGUGCACUUGUUUCUCCCAGCUACUCCACCAUCAGUUCCUCCCAGAGCUCGCUGGACUCUGAUCCAAGCGGCACCACGCCCACCUGGGAGGGAUGCAGUGGUGGUGGAGGAAGUGCUAAUAGUGUCGGUUUCGGUGGAGGCAGAGUGGGUCGGUCAGGCAGAGAGUAUUCAUCGCUGUCGGAUGUGCCGCGGGCUCGCAGACUGAGCUACCGAGAAGCGUUCCGCUCAGACAAAAAGCGCCAAGAGCUGCGGGCACGGACAAGGAGUCCUGGCAGAGAGGAGGUGGCCCGGCUGUUUGGGGAGGAGCGCAGGCGUCCUCAAAUCAUCGGGCGGUUUGAGGAGGGUCAGCCCGUAGAGCAAAUGGACACAAGCAGCUCCAGUGAGCCCUCUGCCAACACCGGGCUAAUCCAGAGACAAGGCCGCAGCGAAAGGCGCUGUCUGGCUAACAAACAUGAGAUGUCACUGGAUGCAGGAAAAGGCCGUUCUGUCCCCAGUGAGCCCAGCCCCACUUUUGCCAACUUGAGAAGAGCGAAGUCACUGGACCGCAGAGUCACAGAGUCUUCAAUGACUCCCGAUCUGCUGAACUUCAAAAAAGGAUGGAUGACCAAGCUGUAUGACGACGGAAUGUGGAAGAAACACUGGUUUGUACUGACAGACCAGAGUCUGAGGUACUACAAGGACUCGAUAGCGGAGGAGGCUUCAGAACUGGAUGGUGAGGUUGAUCUUUCCACAUGUUAUGAUGUCAAAGAGUUCCCUGUCCAGAGGAACUACGGCUUCCAAAUCCUGUGUAAAGAGGGGGCAUGCACCCUGUCAGCCAUGACCUCUGGAAUCCGUCGCAACUGGAUUCAGGCCAUAUUGAAGAAUGUGCGACCCACUAUUGCCCCCGACGUCACACGGAAAAACAUCGCUCUGAAACUAUCUGUACUGAAGCCCAGAUCCCUCCCUGAUGAGAAGAUAAAAGCCCAAGUGAUGUUGGAGCCGUGUCCACAGGCCACCCCUGAGCCAAGUCCCAUUCCUGAGGCCCCAAAGUCUGAUGUCCACAUACAGCCAGCUGGCAACAAUGCCUCUGUCCCUUCCUCUGAGCCCCGUAAAAGCCGCGUUCGUGAGCGCAGACCAGAGGGCCGCUCUAAGACUUACGACUGGUCUGAGUUCAAGAUGGAACAGACAGAAAAGCCUGUGAAGGAACGAGCCGACACCGUCGACCUCAGCUCAUCGUUCUCCACAACCUCCUCAUAUUGCUCUCCCUCCUCUUCACCUUCCUCAUUAGCGUCCUCUCCUGUCUCUACCUCCUCCCUCCCAGCCUCCUCGGUAUCAGGUGCUCACCCACCUUCUCUGAUGGAAGAAGCGGAAAAGGAGAAUGUCAGGAGGGGCGUCCCUCUACACAGCACAACUAGUGCAACCCACAUGCCAAAUACUGUUACUGUUUCCAAGACUUCCACACUAACUACAACGCCACCGGUACAGCCACCUAUACCUGAAAGCCAAGAGCAAGGAAAAAUGGAAGUGGACCACCCUACAGCCAUGCUUCCUGCUAGUGAAGAAAAGAAGGACAACAGAACCUCGGGUGUCAAUGAAGAGAUUGAGCAGCGAUGGCAUGAGGUGGAGACAACACCGUUGAGAGAAGAAAAGCAAGUGCCCAUCAACACGUCGAUAGCAAACUCUGGCAACUCCAACAGAUUGCCUGCCCAUGAGCUGGCUGCACUGCUAGACAAGGAGUUGGGACAGAAGCAGAAGGAGCUUGACCGACUAACGAAGCAGAACAACCUUUUAAAAGUGCAGCUGGAGGAUGCUCUAGGGAGAGAACAGUGUGCCAGAGAGGGCUAUGUACUGCAGAGUGCCACACCCCCUUCCUCUUCACCACACAGAGUGCCAUGGCAACGCUUGCACAAGCUUAAUCAAGAUUUGCAGGGCGAAUUGGAGGCCCAAAAGUGUAAGCAGGACCUUGCUCAGCAGCAGAUUCGGACACUAAAGAGAAGCUACACUGAAGCCCAGGAUGCUGUAGACCGCCAUGAGACUGAUAUUCAGGCUCUGCAGGGUAAACUCGCUUGUGCAAUGGCUGAAAUCUUCGCAAGUGAACAGGCUGUGGCCCGAAUGCGCAAUGAGCUCAAGUUAGAACAGGAGCGUUCAAAGGAACAAGAAGUGGAAUAUGGACAAAGUGAGGUCACUCUACGUUCCCAGCUAAAGGACAGUGAGGACAGACUCCGUGAAGUAGAGGCCUGCCUCUUGGAGAGGAACCAGGCACUUAGGCACCUCGAGCAUCAGCAGGCCCUUCAACGAGACCACAUGAGAGAGGUACAGAGGUUACAGGAUAGGCUGCAAGAGGUGACUGCUCGACUAAAUGCUACCGAAGAGGGUCAAGCUUUGAAGGAAGAGCGCCUGAGGAAGGAGCAGCAUAGCAUGGAAGAGAGUCAUGAGAGGGAAAAACAGAAUCUGUGUAGAAGAUUAGCUCAGGCUGAAAUGGCACAGAAAGAGAUGGAGGACAGACUGCUGGAGGCUGAGCAGCAGGUAGAUGCUCUGUUGAGAGGGAGGCAGACCUUAGGAGGAAAAGAAUGCAAGGAGGAAAUGUUGAAGUUACAAGAAGAACUAACCCAAAGGAUUGGCAUGGUAGAGUCACUGAGGGAGAGCGUGCGUAGGCUAGAAGAAGAGAAAGGCCAUCUCACUUGCCGCUGCCAAGAGCUUCUCAACCAGAUUGCAGAAGCAGACCGUGAGGUGAAUAAGCUCCGUAAAUGUCUGGACACUGAAGAGGCUGACUACUACACCCUGGAGCACUCAUAUGAGAGGGCUACCCAAGAGUUUCAGAAAAUGAGCCAGUUCCUUAGAGAAAAAGAGGAAGAGAUCCGGCAAACUAAGGAGAUGUAUGAGAGGCUGGUGGAACGCAAGGAAGAGGACCUGAAAGAAGCGUUUGUUAAAAUGAGAGCACUUGGCAGCAGCUUGGAGGAAACAGAACAGAAGUUGCAAGCUAAGGAGGAGCUUCUCUGUCAAAUGAGUCAAAGCCUCUUGGAUAAGGUUGAGCCCUGUAGUGCUGAAAAGGAUCUGCAAGCCAAGCUUGUGGUCGCAGAGGACCGAAUCGCAGAACUUGAGCAGCAUCUCAAUGCCCUGCAGUUGGGCUAUGCUGACCUACGAAUGGAAAGACAACAAAUCCCAGAACAGAGGGAGAAGGGAAGGGUUAAAAAAUCAGCCUCCUUACCACCAAAUACAGAGCUUUCAUGUUCCUUUUACAGUAAUCAACAAUCCAAGACAGAAAACAUCCCAGAUGAUAUUGAGUCUCAAGCUAAGAGAUCAAGAAUACGUUUUUCCAGUAUUCAGUGCCAAAAAUACAUCAGCUUAGAGGGCAUGGUAUCAGGCCAUGCGAGUGGUAGCCAUUUGAGCAGUACUUUACUGGACACAGGACAAAAAGUUGACCAAGAUGUAAAUGAAGACAUUGGUUUAACUGCAGAAAAUAUCUCCUCUGUUAUGCCACAUACUAGUGACCCAGAGAAGUUUAUCUCCAUCAUUACUGCCCUAGAAACUAAACUGCUUGCCACUGAGGAUAAGCUAAGAAACCUCACACAGAAUCUAGAAGACCAGCGAUCCACCCAAGCAGACGUCAUGUCCAAGAUUGAUCUAGAGAUGACAGAAAAUAAUCAUUACCCAGAGAAAGAGUUUAGCUGUGGAAGUGGGAUACUGAGUGGUGCUGCCAAUAAGCAUUAUGCCAAGGCCCUGGUGUGUGUGGAAGGCAGUCGAGAGAAAGUCAGAGCUAUUCUCAGUGGCUUUCAUGAUACCGCAGGUACACAGCUGCAUUCAUUGUCAGAGAUCGAGAACGAUCUGUUCAAUGCAUCACUGUACAUCCAACAAGGUCAAAAGACAUUGGAAGAGCAAACACCAGUUGUCCAUCAAAAUCAAACUCAGGAGACUCGAGAUGGAGAAGCUUUGAAACUCUUUGCCAAAACCCUGUCCCUUGAGGCUGUAGUUUUGAACAAAAUGGCCUUAUUGAUACAGACUUCAAAGUCUGACAUUAAACAAGCACUUGCAGAGAUAUGGAAAGAUAUAGAAAACAUUAAAAAGAGUGACAAAGAUUGCUUGGCUGUAGUUUAUGCUGAUGUCUUGACCAAGAAGCUGAUGUUAGAUAGUGCAUUCUGGAGAGAAUUGGAGAAAACUGAGACAGAUGUUGCUAAAUGCAAAGAGGGCAGUGCGUCAGCUGAUGUAGCUGUUGAUGUCACAAUCUUUAACACCUUCAUCAAAGCAGAAGUAGCCUACUCUAUUCAAAACCUUAAACUUUCCUAUGAAGAGAAAUUCAAAAUACUGAAAAGGGAGUUGACUGAAGCUCAUGAUAACCUAUAUCAGAGGGAAAUGGCACUGAAAGCAAUUAUUGCAGCUUCCAAAAGGCCUGAUUUGAAAAAUGUUAUAAAGGAUGUCAGAAAUAACUUAGGAUUCAAUAAACAAGAGUUAGCUGACAUUCACCCCCCUGAACUUGCGCCUUACAUGGAGCAGAUUGAAAUGGAAGAGGCUAGAGACUUGGCUGAGAAAAUUGUGGACAGACACCUGACUGAAGAUAUGCCCUCUUGUGGUGUUGACUCCAUUGAAAUGCUACAAAAUGCCCAUGACAACCUGGCUAAUGAGCUUCAGAGACAAGCAGAAAUCCUCCAUAAGUAUGCUCAAGAGAUAGAAAGUGGUGAAAACCAUCCUGGGCUGGCUAAAAUGAUCCAUGCCUUUUUCGGGCAGCAAACUUCACAUAAUUUCACAAGUACCUCUCUUUGUAUGCGUGAAGCCCUUAUCCAGGCUCAAGUGGCUUAUGUGGCAUGCAGGUUACGGGCCAUGCAUGAACAAGACGUGGGUUGGUGUAAACAGACCGGUCAGAACAUGGAUGCUCUCGUCCAGCAGCAUGCCCGUAAUGUUAGUGCUAUCCAAGAGAAAUAUGAAGCAUCCUUACAGGAGGAGCGCUUGAGUUUCACACAGACAGUGGCUGCUCUCCAAAUGGAGAACCAAACACUGAAGACUGAGAUCAGCAAACGUGUGAACCAGCUCUCCCAGCAGCAGGAGCAACUGGCCCUCCUGGAGGAGCGCUACCAGAUGGACACUCAAGAGCUGAAUCAGUUGCACAAGAAAGAGCUACGCCAAGUGGAGCAAGGCCAUGCUUCAACAGAGCUGGCCCUCAUGGAGACGGUGGCUGACAGCCAACGAAAGUUAGAGGUUCUGCUGGUGGACAUGGACACCAUGAAGGAGCAACACGAGAGUCAAGCAAAGAAACUGGAGGAGCAGUAUGAACAGAGGAUCUGUGAUCUCCAGCACAUCCACAGGGAGGAGAUUGAAAAGUUACAUUCCCAGUAUGUGGAAAACAUUCAAUGCGUUAAAGAGCACCUGCAGGACAAAAAGGGUCCUGAGGUUUCACACUACGAGGCCACAAUACCAAUGGAAGAGGAGGAGCAGGGGAAGGGGGAGGAUGCACAGAAUAUGUCCGAGGUGGACUCAAUGGUGGUUCUGAAGGACCGCAUCCAGGAGCUGGAGACUCAGAUGAACACCAUGAGGGACGAACUUGAGAACAAGCACCUGGAAGGAGAUGUGGCCAGCCUGAGAGAGAAAUACCAGAGAGACUUUGAAAGUCUUAAGGCCACGUGUGAACGUGGGUUUGCUGCAAUGGAAGAAACACACCACAAGGUAAUAGAAGACAUCCAGAGGCAACAUCAGAGGGAGAUCUCCAAACUCCUGGAAGAGCGAGAGAGACUCUUGGCUGAGGAAACUGCCGCAACAAUUGCCGCUAUUGAAGCUAUGAAAAAUGCGCACAAGGAGGAUCUGGAGAAGACCCAGCGCUCCCAACUGAGUGGACUGAACUCUGACAUUGAUGAGCUUCGCAUACAAUACGAGGAGGAGCUGCAGUCCAUCCACAGAGAACUGGAGGUGUUGUCAGAGCAGUAUUCUCAGAAAUGUCUGGAGAACGCUCACCUGGCCCAGGCGCUCGAGGCCGAGAGGCAGGCCCUCAGGCAGUGUCAGCGAGAGAACCAGGAGCUGAAUGCUCACAACCAGGAAUUGAAUAACCGCCUGAGUGUGGAGAUCACUCGGAUGCGCUCCUGUUUCAGUGGUGAAACUGCGUUGUCACCACUGACCCAGGGCAAAGAUGUGUAUGAACUGGAGGUGUUGCUACGUAUCAAGGAGUCAGAGAUCCAGUACCUUAAACAGGAAAUCCACUCUUUGAAAGAUGAACUGCAGUCUGCUUUAAGGGACAAGAAAUAUGCCACAGACAAAUAUAAGGACAUCUAUACAGAGCUCAGCAUUGUGAAAGCAAAGGCUGACUGUGACAUCACAAAACUGAAGGAGAAACUUCUCAUUGCCACCGAAGCUUUAGGCGAGAGGACUGUCGAUGGAACAGUCACAUCUGGAUACGAUAUCAUGAAAUCAAAAAGUAAUCCAGAUAUCAUUAAAAAAGAAAAAUCAAUAACCUCCAAGCAAUUGAGAGGCAUAAGGUCAAAGAGCCUGAAAGAGGGACUAACCGUGCAGGAGCGCAUGAAGCUUUUUGAGGCAAAAGAUUCCAAAAAGAUUUGAAUAUCAAGAAUCAGAGGUUUCUUCUCUCUUUCCUGGCCUUGAGCAGCGUCAGCUGAGUACUCUUAUAGGAAAUACAAAGGUCUUCUUAACAUGGACCUGCUGCUUCUAUGCCUCUGAUAAGUUGUCAUAUGUUUGAUCAAGUCGUUGUUGUUGUUUUUUUUUUAAUCAAGAGGAAAAAGUUUUACUGAAUCAAUCCCGUGUUAGAUCUCCAACUUGGACAGAUUAUACAUCUAUGUAUUUAAAAGAGAAGUGUCAAAUAAGCUGUGAGAGGGAUUCAUGACAGCAUUUCUAUUGAUCCUCCAAAAUGCCAAAACAGCCAGCAAUACACAGUAUGAAUAAUAUAUAUUUCCCAAUAUGAAUUAAGUAUCUGCUGUAUUUUAUUAUUAUUGUUACAUUUUUCUAUAUCUAAUCAUUUUUAAUGUGUUAAAUGUUGCACCAGUUGUGUUGUACAUAACUACUGGAUGUAUGUAAGAGUAUGGUUUGCUGUUGAUUGUUGGGGCAUCUGCUGUAUUAUAACUAUGGUUUGACUGAUGGUGGAAAACAAUGUGAUGCUUAACUUGCUUAUGUAUGAGAGUUUUAUAAAAAUGGAGUGUCUGUGUGUGAAGGGGGGGGGGGGUGGGGUGGGGGGGGGAUUGCACUUAUCACUUGACUACUUGAGGAAGCUUUCUUUUGUCUCAAAUCGGUGUAGUGACAUUGAGUCAAUUAUUGCAGUGCAACCAAACAUCCAGAACUUCUGUAGAACCUGGUGAACAGCAGUGACUUGUAAGUGAUACUGGAAUUUUUUUUUUGUUUUUUAAGUUUCUUAAAACCUGAAUUUGUGUUUGCUCAGCUUUGACUUUGGUGUGAAAAGAUCAUCUCAUAAAAAACUGAAACCAUAUAGGACCUUGCAUGACUGUACAGAAUCGCAGAAUGAUCAUGUUGCCUUUGUUUUCCUACUUUAUGCUUUAGUGUGGAGCUCUUGACACUAAUAAGCUUUGCUUUUGCAAGUCCUACUGCUUAGGUGUUGAGAUUGAAAUGUUUUACUGUAAGCGGCAGUCUUGAAGUACUCGGCCCAGUCCCUGACCUCUCACUGAAAUCUAGUCAUGCCUCAACUGAGUGAAGAAUAAGAACAUCCAUGAAAACCUGUGCAGCUAUGGAUACACACUGUAUAGUAUUCAAACCACGCCUUGUACAUAUAUAUAUGCCACACAGAUGGACUUCUGUGUUUUUGUUUUAAACUUGUACCUUGCCCACUAGCUCUAUAUGAAAUAUAUAUAUAUGAAUAUUUUUUAUUUUCAUUUGAAUGUAUGAUGUCAAAUAAAUGAAGUGUUUGGAAAUUG